CGCUAUCUAUCAAUGGCGGCUUGGCCCUGUUGCUCCUCUCGAGUAUAGUAUUAGUACAUAUACUAUCAUCAUUAAUUAAUGGCGUGUCAAAGUUGCAUUAUGAUACUUUAAUUAUAUGGCUCGCUCUUGCUAACUAGUUAGUAUCUUUUUCUGAAUUAAAUAAUGAAUUUAACGAAGUGCGGUGAGGGUUGUCAUGUCAGCGAAGGAGGGUGUGGAAUGAAUACAUCAAAGAAUGUGGGAGACAACCCAAAAACAUUUGAAUGCUACCAAUAGUUGAUAUAACGUCUUUUUAUGGUCAUUGUAGGGUCACUCUUUUCCCUCUUCACUAUAUUUAUACCCUUACACUUCUCAUCACCCUCUUCAUUCACACCACUUUCAUUUCCUUCUUUCCUUGUUAAUCAUCUUAUCUUAAUUAGUAUUAUUAUCAAGUAAGUAAGUAAGUAAAAUGGCUGAUAAUUCAGGUGGGAGAAUGUGGUGCUCUAUUCCAGAAAGGUUUCAACUGCAUGUGGCCAUGUUGGCCCUGCAGUUUGGAUAUGCUGGUUUCCAUGUUGUCUCAAGAGCUGCACUUAAUAUGGGUGUUAGCAAACUUGUUUUCCCAGUUUACCGCAAUAUUAUUGCUUUUCUUCUCCUUCUUCCUUUUGCUUACUUCUUGGAAAAGAAGGAGAGGCCAGCUAUUACUUUAAACUUUCUUUUGCAGUUCUUUCUUCUUGCCCUCGUCGGGAUUACAGCCAACCAGGGUUUCUACUUGCUUGGCUUGGACAAUACAUCUCCAACUUUUGCAUCAGCAAUUCAAAACUCUGUUCCAGCCAUUACAUUUCUCAUGGCAGUCAUACUCAGAAUAGAGCAAGUGAGGUUGAACAGAAAGGAUGGAAUAGGGAAAGUGGCAGGAACAUUGUUCUGUGUAGCAGGGGCAUCAGUGAUUACACUAUAUAAAGGUCCAACAAUAUACAGUCCAGUUCCACCACUACACAACAGUGGCAGUAGCAAUAGCAUGGAAGAGAGUUUAGUAGUGUUUGAAUCAAUUUCAUCAGUUUUGGGAGAUGCAAAAGGAAAAAACUGGACCCUUGGAUGUUUGUACCUAAUAGGACAUUGUUUGUCAUGGUCUGGUUGGCUUGUGUUGCAAGCACCUGUCCUUAAGAAGUAUCCGGCUCGUCUCUCUGUCACUUCCUAUACAUGUUUCUUUGGACUUAUUCAAUUUCUCAUUAUUGCUUUGAUUGUUGAAAGAGAUGCUCAGGCUUGGAUUUUCCAAUCUGGUGGUGAAGUUUUCACUAUUUUGUAUGCGGGAGUGGUGGCAUCAGGAAUUGCAUUCGCUGUACAGAUAUGGUGCAUUGACAGAGGAGGUCCUGUUUUUGUUGCAGUGUAUCAACCUGUUCAAACUCUUGUUGUUGCUAUUAUGGCUUCUCUUGCUUUAGGAGAAGAAUUCUACUUAGGAGGGAUAAUUGGAGCAGGAUUGAUAAUUGUGGGGUUGUACCUAGUUUUGUGGGGUAAAAAUGAAGAAAAGAAAUUUGCAAGGGAGGUGGCAGCAAUCACUUCAUCCACUCAGCAGGAACAUAGUAGUAGUAGUAGCAUCAUCAGAUCCUCAAGCCAUCAUGCCAAAACAUCAUCACUUGCUCAACCACUUCUUCCUUCAUCAACGGAAAAUGUUUGAUCAACAAAACUAUAACUUCUAGCUGACUCAUCAUUUUCUUGGAAAAAGAAAGAAAAAAAGAAGAAGGAUGAAGAAAAUGAUAUACUACUAUUACUACUUUAUGUCAAGAGAAUCUUUGUGUGUGUAUGAAUGGGUUUGUUUUUGGUUAAUUCAAGAUGCUUUCUUACUGGGAUCGAUCAUACUAUAUAUGUUAAUGUAGAAUGAGGUUUUUUUAUGGGAAGAUACAUGUCACUUAAAUUUGGGCUUAGAGAGCCUCAAAUCCCAUUAUGCCUAUAUGUUAAUUAAUGGUUUGAUUUACAAAAGGAUAUUAUUAAUUUGUUUUCUUAA